CUUCAUCUCCUCCUUUUUUCCUCCCUCGAGUCUUUCAAAUUUGCAUUCAUAUCUACUUAAUCCAACUGCUCCAAAACCUUUCUUUGUUGUGGGAAUGGCUGUUUGUCCUUCUGCAACGGGCCUGGUGUUUGUGGUUUUCAUGGGGGUUUUGUGCUCUUCUCAUGCUCAUACGUUUUACGUUGGCGGGCACGAUGGUUGGACGCUUAAGCCCUCGGAGAAGUACAGCCACUGGGCUGAAAGAUACCGCUUUCAAACCGAGGAUGAGCUCUUUUUCAGAUACAAGAAAGGUCAGGAUUCAGUUCUUGUUGUAAGCAAAGAUGACUAUUCCAAAUGUAACAAGGAUAACCCUAUCAAGAAUCUCAAGGAUGGUGACUCGAAAUUCAAGUUUGAAAAUUCAGGGCCUUUCUUCUUCAUAAGUGGCCAUGAUCAGAACUGUGAGAAGGGACAGAAGUUCAUCAUUGUAGUCCUCUCUCAUCAUCAUCACGGCGGACCAGUAAGUGCUCCAUCUCUGCCACCACAAGCUCCUAUUCAACCACCGUCUUCCUCCCCUGCCACAGUGAAACCUGUGCCGCCUGUGAAACCACCCAAUAAAGCUCCAGCGCCAGCUCCAUCUGCUCAUCAAACGCCAACCCCAUUACUGGAGCCAGAAGCUCCUACACACGCGCCCCCACCCUCCCAUUCUGCAUCCCCAUCUCCAGCCGCGGAAACCCCAUCACGCUCCUUCCAACCACGUUCUCAUUCUCCAUCCCCUUCUCCGGAGGCUAAAACCCCAACCCAUGUGCCGCCCGUCGAGUCACCCUCUCAUUCACUCCCCCCAUCUCCAGCAGCUGAAUCUCCGUCAGACCAUGUUGGACCACAUUCUCAUUCUCCGUCCACUUCGCCGGUGGCCAAAAACCCAUCAGACGGGCCACCUGUUGGACCACCCUAUGAUCAUUCUCCAUCGCCAUCUUCGCACAAGGAAGCUCCUGCAUCAUCUCCGAUCCCUGGUCAUCAUUCACCGUCCCCAUCGUCUCAAUCCCCAGAGAACAAUUAUAGUGCACCUCAGCCGGACUUUGAGCAUCACCACAUUGCUCCGCCGCCAUAUGCAAACGCACCAGUGUUUCCACCAAACCAUGCUCCAGCACCUGCACCUUCAGAUGCGGCAGAUAUCGGUGGUUCAUUUGUUCUGCUCGUGGCGUUUACUUUUGUGGUGACCAUGGUUUCUGCUGGCUUUCUUUGAGCUUUCUGCUCUGUUUUCAGUUAUUUUAAUGUUUUUCGUGCUGCAUUUGUUUGGAAUUCCCAAUUCGGGUUCUUGCAUUUCUUUUGUCGUUCUUUUUCUUUUUAAUAUUUGCAACUCUUGAAUGACAUGAGUUUCUUUAUCUUUUAUAUUUGCAACUCUUA